UUGUCAAAUUGUUCGUCGCCCCAGCCACCGCCUGUCCACGGAGCGGGUCGGGUCGACUGGGGGGGAGCGAGGGUUGGCGUCGUGCUAGUUGCAUCAGCUCUGCUCUUCCUGGAAACCAAAACAAAAAAAACAAUCUCUCCUUCACAAGCAGCACGACGGAAAGUGUUAUCGAUCGUGUUACUGGCAGCGUGAGUGACCAGCCGCCAAGCCAGGUCAGGUCCCCACGAUGCCUCAUCCCCGCCGCCGGAGCCCGGAGAGCUCCAGGAGGCGGAGGCGCGAGAAGCGACUGUCGCGCGAGGAGAAGGAUAGCCUGUACUCGUCCCCUAACAGCAUCACGCCUCAGCAGAUGCCGGGCAGCUACAGCGCCGACAGCCCACAGCAGCAGCAGCAGCCGUAUCAACCUCCGCCUCAAUCCCAAUUUCAACCUCAAUUUCAACAACCACAACAACAACAGCCUCCGCUGCCGCUGCAGCAACAGGCCUUUCCCUCACCGCCGCAGCAGCAGUAUCCCUAUCCGCAGCACUACCAGCAGAUGUCGCUGCCAAUGCCGCAGCACCACACGCCGUCGCAGGAUGCGGCCCAGCCUCGGUCCCGGGCCUCGUCGGGCUCGCUGUCCUCGUCGCCAUCCUCCUCAUCCUCCUCAUACACGGAAAUCACUCGAGUAUAUCCCACCUCUCGCUUUGGGAACUUCAUCAGCACCUUUGUCAAGGCCCCGUCAGAAGUGCGCCGGAAGCAUCGCCGCAGGGGCAGCGGCACCAAGAAGCGCCGCGGCGUUUUCUUUGGCGGCGGCAGCAACUCGUCUCACUCGUCAAUCAAUUCCGACAUGGCAUACGGCACCGGUUUCGUCAAGAAGGAAAAGGAUCGGUCCACGCGCUACAGCAGCUCCGUUGCGGGCUCCGCCGUAUCGGGCUCUCGACAACAGCAACAACAGCAGUAUCCCCCAGCCGCCGCCAACAGGCCAUCCCCUAAACUACUUAAUGAGGGGAAGCGUAAUAAGACGGAUGAAGAGAUUCUUGCCAUUGGGCGUCAGCUGUCAGAUCUGGCCCGGAGAUCCAACGAGGAGGACUUACGCGCCGCGGGAAAGACCCGGCCGUCCGGACUAGCAUCCACCGCCGCCGCCAUCAGUGCACUGCGAAAGAGCAGAAAGGAAGCCAAAAAACGAGGCCUUGCGGGCUCCAAGAAACACCGCGCAUCAUCUUCUGAUGAAUCGGACUGGGAGUCGGCCUCCGACGAUGACGGUGAUUCUUCCGAGAGCUCCUCGAGCGAUGACAGCACGUCUGCUCUGGCCUACGGCGGUGAUUCUUCGCGUUCCAACGUCGCACUGUCCGGGCUCAUGGGGGCCGCUGCCGGAGCCGCCACCGGGGCCGUAGCCUCUUCCGUUGCCAGCUCCAAACCUACGUAUCAUAGCAGGAAGAGUUCUGUUGUGGAUCCCCGCCUCUUCGGCCCGGUCAACUCAUUGCGUGGGCUGGUUCACACACCCUGCGGGUUUGGAGAUGAACAGCCGCCUCCGGCUUCGAUGAGCUCAAAUCGUUACGACAAUGACAGACCGGCCACUGGUGAAUCGCAGGCCGAUUCCACCCACCGCCCAGGACCCAUCCCCCUCCAGCAGCCAAUCCCCAUGGUGCCCGUCUCAAACAAGGUCUUUGAGGCGGGUAGGCGAGAUUCUCGAAACAGCUACCGCCGUCAGCUCUCUAAUAGUGGGAGUCUUGACCCUACUCUGAGCGGCGGUGUUGCGGCUGCAGCAGCGGCUGCAGCAGCUGCCAUGGCGGAUCAAAGAGGACCUUGGACCGAAGACCGUAUCUAUCGCGAUAAUGUAAAGCUCACUCGUCCGGAUCCAGAGGAAGAUUAUUUUCAGCGGGACCAGGCACCCUUUGAAGAACUGGAGCGGCGGAGGGCCAACCCGGAGGUAUACUAUAACCGCCGAAACGAUAAUGACUCCCCUCGACUAGAAUCCGACCGCCAAAUGCCCGACUAUGGCAAGGACUCGUCUAACCUGCCUAGAGAUAGCAGGUCCUGGAUGGAACUUCAUCCAGAAGAGCGCAAGGAGACCCUGAAAUACCAGACUACCUACGAUGCUCAUAUGAGAGAUACGGAGAGGCAGCUACGCGAUGAUAAACUCCGCGAUGCCCAGAGGCAACAGCAGCAACCCCCGCAACCCGCUCGUGCGAUAAAGGCAGGUGACCGGAAUAUUGAGACGACUGCCCAGCCCGUUCCAAAACCCCUUGUUGACCCUUUUCAAUACCAGGUUGCCAAUGAUGCUUUCAACACUCCCCAGUUCAACACGCCCCGCCGGGAACGAACACCCGAAAUCGUCACCGUCAGUCGUGUUCCCAAUUUUGCCGACCCUUCGCCUGCCCCUUCCUCUGGCCCCCCUCCAACUCAAAUGCCGUUGCGACCACAGAGCAAUGCGGACAUUAGGCUCAGUCGAAAGGACUCGUAUGAGAUUGAGAGAGCAGCCGAAGAGAGGAGAAGGGGAGGUGAGAGUGAAUCUCGGAGCAGAGACCCUAGGGGUGGGUACGAAUACGAACAGGAGGAAAAGGAUGCUCGGUCGAUCCUGGAUGAGGCCAAGCACUCGACGAUCCCGGUCGCUGCUGUUGCCAUUGCCUCCGCUAUUGCUGUCGAGGAAGAGCGGUCACGAGAGCGUAAACGCCGCGAAUACUCGGAUGAUGGUUCACGAGAUCGAAACAGGCCAGAAAAGGACGCUGUCCAGGAGGACGCAGACAGAUAUUAUCGCGAGUCUGUGAUUGCGCGAAAGAUUGCGUCCGAUGAGAUUCGGUCUCGCAGCCACUCCCCCGAUGAAUCCGUGGUGGACAAGUGGGAGAAGCCGUCGGCCGAAGAAUCAUUUUCCAUCGUCGCACCUCCCAGCAUGGAAGAUAGGGAGCAUGACGACGACGAAAACCCCUACGCGCCUCCCAAUGCCGAUGUCAGGAUUGACAAUGAAAUCUUCCCACACGAAACUGACCGGUUCCGAGCCACCAAUGGGCUUGAUGCCGCGAGAUUCACGUCUCGGGACGCUUCAUGCGAGCGUGAACGUCCCUUGCUGAAUAUCGUUCGUCCCACUCCGGUGCCCAGCCCUGAUUCCACAUCAGUAGGGCUGAAGCAACCAGCGGAGGUGCCUGCAUCCCGAGAGAUUGAAAAAGAAGAAGAAUCGAUUGCGUCAUCUGAGGAUGAAGAAGAAUCCGAUCCAAAGGGCGAGGCAACGCACUCGUCACCAAGCGGCAAGUCUGUCACUUGGGGCGAAAACUCGACAAAGCGAUUCGUAGUCGAAUCUCCCGAAUCUCGUAGCCGUGCAGAGUCCCCAAACGAGUUGGCUGAGACGGAAGACAAACCCAGGCCCCGUCUCAGCAAGAUUAGCCAAUGGGGCAAGAUCGCCGCCAUGAUGGCCGCUGGCACCGCCGAACCGACCACUGAGCUUGAUCGGCACACUGCGUCGCGGAGCCGUGAUCUGCCUGCCGAUGACGAUGUCAACGGCGCACCACCUGUUCCUGGCCCCAAGCCGGCUAGCCCUGAGCCUGAACAGAUGCCUGGGACCUUUUCCGAUGAUCUCGAGUUUACAGCUACCGUGGCAGCCGGCCUAGAGAAGAGCGGGUUCGAUCCUAAUAUUGUAAUUGACGAUCCGGAUUUCCGCCGCCGAGGCUCUCGCCCAGCCGAUGCCGAGAGAUCAGUUGAAGAGCCUGUACCAGCCCCAGAAGAUGAUCUGGCAAAAGACAGGGAAGUGGUAGCAGACGAAGAAGAGCUCUCGUUGGCUGAUACAGAUGAGUCGGAAGAUGAAAAAACUCAGAAGCAACGGAAGCUCAACGCACUGGAAAAAUAUCUUCAGAUGCGACAGUCUGGUGAGAUCAAACCGCCGUCUCAGCCGGCCGAGCCAGUCGAGACGCCGGCCGUAGUGGAACGCCCAAUCACGCCUCCUCAGAAUAAUGAGCGACGAAAUAUGCUAGAGAAAUUCCUCCAGCGUCGACAAUCAGGCGAGAUUCAGCCUCCACGCGAAGUACUAGAGUCGCGUAACUUGGAGUCGGUUCCUGAGGCUCAAGACGAUGACGAGGACAAAAAGGCCAAGAGAGAGAGGCUGGAGAAGUUCCUCCAGAUGAGACAAUCCAACCAAACCGAGGAGCCCGAGACCACGGAGGCUGUACCAAGGCACGAACCUGAGGCUGAACGGCCCCCGACAAGGACACCACUCCACCCGGAAGCUCUGGCUCAAUUGGAUGACAGUGCCUCCGAUUUUGCUCCCAGCAAGUCAAAGAAGAAAAAGAAGAAGAAGCGACGAGAUCGCCUAGAUGACGAACGAUCCGGGCUGUCCAUUCCGGGCGACGAGGGUACUGAAAUCUCAAGGAUUUCGGUGCCCGGUGACGAGGCCACCGUCUUUAGUGUUGAAGACUGGGAAGACUGGGACAGUUCACCAAGAUCCACGCGAAGGUCUAUAGUGGCUUCAGAGCUGUCCACCUCUAGCAGGAGGAGCACCCGGCCGAAGCGCCGGAGCGGCACAGAGAAGGACCUUCGUGAAGUUGACGGCAACGAGCCGCCGCCAUAUUCGAGAGAUGGUCCCACGGACGAUCAGGAUGAUGAAAGAAGGCCGAGAAGCCGGGAGAGCAAAUCUUCACAGUAUAAUGAUAAUAGCGAGAAACCCAUUUCAUCGCGUAAACGCAAAGACUCUUCCGGAAAAAAGUCUAGCUUUCUCUCAGGCAUCUUCAACAAGUCCGGCGGCAAAACAGAAACCAUUAAUGAGAAGGGGGACUCUUUUUUUGAGCAAGCCGGCAUCCUUGGCGCGGGUGCCGGCCUAGCGAGCCUUGCUGCAUCUGCAGCAACGGCCUUGACUCGCUCAAAUGCCGCCGAUGUCUCCUCGGACCCGGAGAACAUCUCGCGAGAUCUCCCUGGCUCGAGCCGGGAGGAUGAAGAUGUCUACCCCGUGAUUGCUCCCCGAGCAAUUGCUAUUGAUCCCCAGUAUGGAGAUCUGCUCCCUCUACCACCAAGCGAACCGGGCACUCCCCUAGAUGCCAGUCUUGACAAGCUGCCGGGCCUGCCCGACAGUCGCCCUGGGACACCGGAUGAAGAUCGGGCCCGGAGAUUUGAAAAGACCCAUCGCCGGCAACGAAGCAAUCAAGAAAGCUCCCGCAACAGGUCACACAGCAACACUGCUGUCCCUCUAGCACUGCUCAGGGGUAUCGGGUCUAGCCCUUCCAGCCCGGUUAUGGCCUUCAAGCCUCCCCGUACGCCACCACGGCCAACCUCCUGGGAUAGCACCAAAGAGUUUAUGCCUCUGAUGCUUCUCGAGCAUGCCAGGCGCGGAUCAGCUGACCUGAAAGGCGAAGAGCUACCGCCUCUACCGCCCAGUGAAGUCUCGAGCGAAACUGAGGGCGGAGCAAUGUCUGAUCGGGAGGAGGACCAGUCAUCUGCACUACGACUACGUCCUGAAGACUUCCGAAGCCCCAUGCCUCCAAACGAUGGGUUCAGCUCUACUGAUCAUCAACUCCGACUCCAGACCGACAUUCCGACAAUGGGCAGAUCUGUAUCCGACGAGGGAUCCGAAGGUUCCACGCCAAAGGCAGACUUGACGUAUGAGCUGCCGGUUCCGCCUACUAACAACACUCUAGGCGAUUACAACAUACCUGUUCCUGUUGAGUCAACGCCUUCGUCGGGCCAAUCGGCUAGGACAGUGGAUGCUCAAGCCAUACCGAGCCCUACGACUCCUACACGGCGCUUCCUCUCCCCCAAUAAGGAUAUUCGCCAUCAUGCCGAAGAAUUGACAUCAGCAGACGAACCCUCCGAUGAUUUCGAGACCGCACGCACCUCGCCUGCUGAUAACAACGACGAUGACGAGUUAUUUGAACCGCCGCCCAUUGAGCCAUCGAUGCUUGGCGCUAUUCCUGAAUUUUCAAGACCCGCAAAAUUCUGGGAGGACAAGCAUUGAGAAUGUCCCAAAGGACCAGGCCCAGGCCCGCCAGGGGAGCCCCAGCUAUCUAG